GGAAGUACCUUUCCAUUGGAUAUGUGUGCAAUUACGUAGUUGUUUCUUUAAACAGGGAGUUGCAGAUUGGUUACCCGAGUACCUAUAGUUUGAUGACAUUUUACUUCUUAUCAAGUGGCUUGGUAUAGUGGACAACUGGGUCAGAUUCAGACAUGGAUCUUGUGCUGAAUGUCGCCGACCACUAUGUCCUCACCCCCUACGUGUACCCGUCGUCGUGGCCUGAAGACGGGGCGCUGCGCCAGAUCAUCAGCCUGUUGGUAGUCACCAACCUGGGAGCCGCAGUCCUCUACCUGGGCCUGGGGUGGCUGAGCUACCACUUCAUCUUUGACCACAACCUCAUGAAACAUCCACAGUUUCUAAAGAUCAUUGUUGGUCCUCAGAACCAGGUGCGGCGGGAGAUCAAAUACGCCAUGACCUCGCUACCCAUAAUCAGUAUACCCACUGUGGCGCUAUUUUUCCUUGAGGUCAGAGGAUACAGCAAGCUCUAUGACCACGUCGAAGAUUCUCCCAUGGGCUGGCCCUUUGUGCUUCUCAGCAUGAUUUCCUUCUUGUUAUUCACGGAUGGGUGCAUCUAUUGGAUUCAUCGGUUUCUUCACCACAAGAGUAUUUACAAGCACUUCCACAAGCCGCACCAUGUGUGGAAGAUCCCCACCCCGUUUGCCAGCCACGCCUUCCACCCGCUGGAUGGCUUCCUGCAGGGUCUGCCCUACCACAUCUACCCCUUCCUCUUCCCUCUGCACAAGGUGCUCUACCUGGCCCUCUACAUAUUCGUCAAUAUCUGGACUGUGUCUAUCCACGACGGUGACUACCGCGUGCCCGGACCACUACAGGAGGUGGUCAACGGGGCGGCCCACCACACGGACCACCACCUCUUCUUCGACGUCAACUAUGGCCAGUACUUCACCCUGUGGGACCGCAUUGGCGGGUCUUACCGCAACCCCUCAGUACUCGAAGGGAAGGGCCCCCUCGACUGCAUUCGUAGACUGACUGCCGAGGGGAAGAUGAGCACUAAUGGGGCUAAUGCCAAUGGGCACAUGAAUGGGCAUGCUAACGGAAGCGGUGCAAAGGGUAAGGAGGAGUAGUUGAUACAUGUGGUGUAGUGUCAUGAUGAAUGAGUUCUUAGUUGAUAAAGCUACGCUAGGUGUCAUUGAUAAGGAAUAGCUCACAUACUGCUUCACACAUUGGUUGUUUUCAUUCAUUAUCCCAUUAUAAAUAAUCAAUCUACAGUUGCUUAUCUUUAACUGUCCCUUUAUUAAUCUUUCUCAUUGUUUCAAUGCUAGGGAAAGGGAGGAGGCAAGAAUGUCUUGACAUUUCACUGAAAAGCACUGAUAUACUGAAUAUGUGGGUGAUAAAACUGUUUGGAACCUAAUUUCAGUUUCUGCAUUUGCCACACAAAUACUUAAUGAGAAUUUAAUUUUUCAUUGGGAUGACUAGCAGGGAAGACCAAAAUCACCAAGCUAUUCUCAUAGUCAUAGGCUACAGAAACCUAGCAGGCCUCUCACCAUUUCCUGGGUUGUCAUCAUUGACUUGAGAAAUAAUUGCUUAUUUUAAUGAAGUUCAUUGAGUGCAUGCUGAUUGUGCCUGUUUGGAGGUGUUGUAUGGAUUUUUUGGGGGGAAUGUCUGAGGGGAGGUGACAAUGAAAUAGGAUGUCUAGUGCUGAUUAAUGCAAGAAAAUGAAAAUGCAUCAUGUUCCUACAACCCCUAUGUAAGAUAUUAAGGUUGGAGUGGUUAAUGGCAGAAACUGUGAUUCUACACACCAUGACUAGUCAGAUUUGGUCAUGCUCAUAUCCAGUAGUUAACCCUCUGGGACUUUUCUCCAACAGGAUAAAAGUAACACGUCUAUGACGAAUGGAAGUGUGUGUACUUGAAUGUUUUGCAUUUUAAAGCAGACAUAUCUGGGGAAUAAAAGAAAAGUCUAAAAAAAAAAAAAAAUGGCUGUCCAUUUGGAAGUUGAACAAAGUGAAUCCUAUUGUAUGUGGACACAUGUCCAUGUACACUAACCUUAUUCCAUCGGCUACUUACUGUAUGUGCUGCAGCCAACUCUUUUUUUUAUUGCAUAACCAUGUAUGAUAGAAGUUGGCGACAACACUCACAGAUGGAAUGAGGCAAUGUGUACUGUAAUGCACAUAAUCUAGUUGUAAAUAAUUGAUGUCUGUAAAUGGAAGGGAAAUGUUUUCAUGGAUAUUUUACAAUUUAGUCAUUUAGCAGAUGCUCUUAUCCAGAGCAACUUGAGUUGAGUGCCUUGCUCAAGGGCACAGACAGAUUUUCCACCUAGUCUGCUCAGGGAUUUGAACCAGCGACCUUUCGGUUACUGGCCCAAUGCUCUUAAGCACUAGGCUACCUGCCACCAUGGAUACCCGGGAAAAUAUAUUGGUCGUUUUCAAUAUAACAGUAGUGUGACUUUGUUCUAUCCUAUUUUCUCAAUAAACAUGGAAACUAAUAUGAAAA